AUGAGCUCAAUGAUUCUCUGUGCUCUCUGCUGGGCAUUGAGAGAAGCGUCACCCGCUGCGUACCACCCACAGACUAAUGGGUUGGACGAAAAGACCAACCACAACAUCAAGAGAGCUUUGAUGAAGUUGGUGAAUGAGCAGCAGAACAACUGGGACACAUUCCUUGAUGCCACACUGUUCUCUUUGAGGUCAAAGGUGCACAUCUCAACCAAACACACCCCAUUCCAGUUGAUGUAUGGGCGGGAGGCUGUGUUCCCCUCAGAGGUGCCUGUAGAUUAUCCUCAGGUGGGGGACCAUGACUGUCACCCCCUGCAGGACACUCUGCUCUGGAGAGCAGCUUCAAUUCACCAGGACACUGCCAAAUGUGACAGCUACACACCAAUGGAACUUGAGAGUGAGAAGGCGCUUGACAUACAAACAGAACAGAGCAAUGAGGGUAUGCCCCAUUGGGCAGUCUUUAUUCAAAGUUCCAACCCAAAGUACAACAAAGGAAAGCAAACAGCAAAGCCAACACUUGAGGCUGACCAGGACAGAAAGCCAACGCACUGGCCUUCAGGAUCUGUGAACUCUUCGCGUAUCCUGAGCACAUCACAUGCAGGAAUGACCUGGCUCCCAGUCGUCCCGAGCACCAGCUAA